AUGGAGCAGUUUGUGCCUGCUGGUCGCUCUCUGUCAGUCUGCAGGCGGGUCUGUUACGCAGCGGGACACUUUCUGAACGACCUGUGCGCCUCUAUGUGGUUCACGUACCUGCUGGUCUACCUGCACUCCGUGCUCGGCUUCCGGAGCACCUAUGCUGGCGUGUUGCUGCUGAUUGGUCAGAUUGCGGACGGAGUUUGCACCCCUCUGGUUGGGUAUACGUCCGACCAGACAGCCGGCAUCCUGAAACACGGCAAGAGAAAAACCUGGCAUCUGUUGGGAACCGUGUGCGUCCUCCUCUCGUUCCCCUUCAUAUUCACGCCGUGCCUGCCCUGCACCAGCAGCACUCCUCAGUGGGCGCAGAUCCUCUACUUCUGCCCCUUCAUCGUCGUCUUCCAGUUCGGAUGGGCAGCCACGCAGAUCUCCCACCUCUCCCUCAUCCCGGAGCUGGUGACCAAGGAGAGCGCAAAGGUGGAGCUCACUGCGUACAGGUACGCCUUCACUGUGGUGGCCAACAUCACCGUAUACGCUGUGGCCUGGCUGCUCUUCCACUUCCAGUCCCAGCACAGCGCCGACCACUCCAUCACAGGCAACCUGGGCCGGGGCGACGUCCCCCUGUUCAGGACGUUGGCUCUCAUCAUGCUGGGCAUCGGGGCGCUGUUUUCUCUGGUGUUCCACCUCGGCACGAAAGAGCACGCCGCCUCCAGCUCGGAGAGGGAUCUGCUCAUCCCGCCGUCCGAGUCACAGGAGCUGUCUGUUCGUCCCGUGUUUCAGUGGAAGCACUGGCUGACGGAGCCGUCCUUCUACCAGGUGGCUUUCGUCUACAUGUGCACCCGACUCAUCGUCAACUUGUCUCAGACCUACAUCUCCGUCUACCUCACCAACUCACUCAUGUUACCGAAGAACUUCAUCGCCACCAUUCCUCUGGUGACGUACAUCAGCGGCUUCGUGUGCUCUCUGGCCAUGAAACCAGUCACCAAGCACAUCGGCAUCAGCAUGACUUAUCUGGUCGGCCUGCUGCUGGUGAUUUGUUUCGCCACCUGGGUGUUUGUGGACCACAAGAUGAGAGCCAACAGCAUCUACGGAGCAGCGGUGGUUCUGGGAGCCGGCUCAGCCACCAUCCUGGUCAUGUCUCUGUCCAUGACGGCCACGCUCAUCGGAGAUCAGACACAAAGUGGCGCCUUUGUUUACGGAUCCAUGAGCCUCACAGACAAGGUGGCUAAUGGCGUCGGGGUCAUCCUCAUCCAGAGCCUCCGGCCGUGCAGGACUGAGGCCUGCUGCCCAGACUGUGUUUGGUUUUAUCGUGACGUCAUGGCGGCCGUAACCGGGGUCGUUGCCGUGGCUGCAGCAGUCGGUCUUUUUACCAUUUUCAUCUGGCCGAUCAGGCUACGGAAGAGUUAGUGUUCAAACUGUACACUUCAGCCGGUGAUGGUGUCUCACACGCACAAGCAAAAACAAACAAAAUAAAAAGGUUGUUGGUUUGAGGGAAAUCAAUUUUAUUUAGGUUUUUUUUUUCUUUUACGUUGUAUUUGUCAGUUUAAAACAUAAUCCCAUAAUUAAAAUGUCUUCUGGAUGUAUUUCGGUGACAUAAGAUUCAGUUUUUGUUGUUGGACAACAUGAACUGUAGAGAUUAUGAAUCCAUGCUACUAUCUAGUGUAUGAAUAUGUAACUGCACUGUUUCCCCAGAGGAGCUCAUGAACUGCAGAAGACUAAAAUUAAUGUAUAAUCAAUCAAUUUGAGACUGACUUUAAUCACAAGUGAAGCAUUUGAUUAUAGCUAAAUGUCAUGAAGUAUCCAGAAAUGAAAGUUUUUACAAACACGUCGACUCAUGGAUGUAUUUCACAAGGAAUCUUAGCCAUUGAAAGUAAAGGAUGCCUUAAAAAUGAUACAAAGGAAACAGUGUUAACGUUUUAUUUAAAAUGAAAUAAAUAAAAUGUUCUUUCUCAUGCCAUGAUAACCUGGCUUUAAUCACAAAUGUAGUGUCUGGUUACAUCUAAAUGUCAUGAAGAAUCCAGAAAUACUUUAAAAAUGUUUUUUUUUUUCUGUUUGUUUUUCAAGUGAAGUAGAAUGAAAUAAAUGAAAGGUUCAUUCCCA